AUGGCGCCCAAGAAGAAGGCCGCCGGCGCGAAGGCCGCCGCCGGGAAGGCCGCGGGCGCGAAGGCCGAAGCCGCGAAGGGCCCGCCGCUGAAGAAGGCCAAGGUGGAGGCCGAGGGCCCCAAGUGGGAGUGGAGGGACGGCACCGAGUGGAAGCCCUUCCGCGCGGAGGACUGCACCAUGCUGGAGGGCCAGUACGAGUCGAAGGGUGCCAAAGCGAAGUUCUGCACCACCGCUUUCUCAUUCAACCAAGGCUUCGAUACCAUCUACGAGGUGAACUUCGAGAACAUGACCCAGACCAACAAGGACACGAAGAAGCGGCGAGAGAUCCGGCGCCAGGAUGCCGCUGGGAAGGCGGCGGCGUCCUGGGAGUGGUGGAGUGACGGCGCCGAGUGGGCCGCCUACGCGGAGGAGGACGCCGCCGUGUUGGAGAAGGCCUUCCGUGAGGAGGUGACCCCCUUCCUCACCAAGAACUUGUCCUUCAACAAGGGCUUCGAUAGCCUCUACAUCUUCGACUUCGACGUCAUGACGCAGGUGAACUCGGACAGCGGCACUUCCAGGAAGAUCCAGCGGACCGCCGCCGGGGGCUCCAAGGUCUUUGGCCACGUGGAGGGCGAGGACGACGGGUUCGCGAAGGUGCUGCUGGCGGGGAAGGACGCGGACGCCACCGCUGGGGCCGCCGACGGCGCGGUGUUCGAGCUCGGGCUGCCGCCGGCGCUCGUGGCGGCCCAGCGGAAGAGAGGCGCGCAGUCGCUGAGGAAGCGGAAGAGCGACUACGGCCCCGCUGUCUCCAAGGACCCACACGGCAGGUUCUGCUUCGACCAGAUGCUGAAGAACGAGAAGGAGUUCUGCGGCGAGUGGGUGGUGUUCUACCACAGCUACUCGUGCGCAGCCAUACUCUACGAGGUGCAGGCCGCCGUGGGCUCGGUGCUCUUCCGCUUCAAGGCCGAGUUCGCGGGGUUGCCCCGCAUCCUCGCCCACGGCUUCAAGCACAUCCCCGACGCGGGGAAGAUGCUGAAGGAGUUCCCGAAGUGGAAGGACAAGGACCACAACGUUGCGUUCAAGGCCGUUGGCCUGUGCGCCACCUCGGGGCUGCUCGCCCCCGACUCGGAGGCCCCAGCGAAGAGCGUCUUCCUGAUGGGCUACAGCGUCGGGUGCCUAAAAGGAGUGCUCGAGAAGCUGCUGGGCGCGGUGGGCGUGCCGAAGGCGCAGGUCGUCGGCCUCGCGAAGGACGUGCUCAGCCUCGCGGCGGCGCACGGGCUCGACACGCAGGGGCACCCCGGCGGCCACAAGUGCAAGUCUGGACGGUCUGGGCACAUGCUGCAGAUCUUCCUCAGGCGCGAGCUCUGCGACAAGUACGUGUACCCCGCCUUCCCGUACGGCGUCCCAGACAAAAAGCGCGACCUGCCCCUGAGCAAGUACCUGGCAGAGAAGGAACCCAUCGAGGGGCAGGUCAGGAUAACGCUCAACCCGGACGUGUUCCUGAGGGCCACUUGCGCGCGGAUGUUCACGUACAGCGCGGACCCCACCUAUCACAAGAACCGCCCGGCUUUUAUCAAGGAGCUCGUGGGCCUACUGGAACCCAUCCUCGGACACGAGGACGUGCGGGUCAAAGCUGCGAAGGGCAUCUUCGGGGGCAAGCCGCCCGCGUGGUGGACGCCGGAGGACCAGAGCAAGAAGGCCGCCAUGCCCCUCGCGAGGUACGCGGCCUCUUCCAUGGACUGA